AUGGUGAGUAGCCAUUUGGCCCAUUUCCCUCGUAUUUUAGGCACACGUCGCUCUCCAUCAUCUCCAUUUCUCAGCUCUCAGCUCUCAGCUCUCGACUCUCGACGCACCCAUCCAACAAUUCGACUCCUCUCCUCUCCUCUCAUGAUCAUCAUCUCAUCUUCAAUUCAGCCUUCUCUGGCAUUGAGUGUAUAUAUCUAACAUAAGUGAAACCACUGUGGUCUUCUGGUGAACAAGAUCGGCGCAAAUCUCAAACUUUUUGCUUAUUUAUCUCAAAGAUUUUCUGUUCAUACUUUUUGUAGUUAGUUUAGAUAAACCAUAGUAGAUGAUGGCUUCACCAGCUCUUGACUCACCCUGGCCAACCUCGACUGGCGAUUCAUUUUGUGGAUCUUUCAAUAUACAUAUGGAGGAACAGAAUCCGGCCGAUAUUUUACCUGUGCUGGAAGACCCGACCUGUUCUGUAUCCUAUAACCAUAGUAUCCCAAAACCACCUCCAGUUCCUGGUAACACCCAUGCAGGAAACAAAUCUAUCAAAAGCCUUUCAGAGAGUUGCUAUGUUCCAAAGGAAACAAUAGAUACAUGGGAUAAACUUUUCAAAGAAGGAUGUGGCGCUGAUGUGUAUAUUAUCACCGAGGGCAGAUCAUACAUUCCAGCUCAUCUGAGUGUUCUGACUCUUGCGUCACCAGUGCUAGGCAAUUUCCUACGGCAAUCAAAAGUGCAAAACAGUAUGAGAUACGUUAAGAUUCCUGGGGUACCUUACAAAGCUGUCUACACAUUCAUUCGCUUUCUUUACUCAUCGUGCUAUGAAAAAGAAGAGAUGAAGAAAUAUGUACUUCAUUUGUUGGUUUUGUCACACUCCUACUCAGUUCCAUCACUGAAGAGAGUUUGUAUAUACCUUCUUGAGCAGGGAUGGCUUACCAAAGAAAAUGUGGUCGAUGUGCUUCAAUUGGCAAGGAACUGUGAUGCACCACGGCUCUCUUUAAUCUGUGUACGUAUGGUUGUGAAGGAUUUUAAGGCCAUAUCUUCAACUGAAGGCUGGAAAGUGAUGAAACAAGUUAAUCCUGCACUUGAACAAGAGCUGCUAGAGUUUGUUGUUGAAGCAGAUUCUGGGAAAGAAGAGAGGUUGAAGAAAAAGGAAGAGAAAAAAGUGUACUUGCAACUGUAUGAGGCGAUGGAGGCCCUCCUUCACAUAUGCAAGGAUGGAUGUAGGACAAUAGGGCCGCGUGACAAAGUGUUUAAAGGAGGCCAGGUUGCUUGUGGUUUUCCUGCUUGCAAGGGGCUUGAAACAUUAGUUCGUCAUUUCUCCAGCUGUAAAACCCGGGUACCUGGUGGCUGUGUUCACUGCAAACGCAUGUGGCAGCUUCUUGAACUGCACUCUCGUAUUUGCAAUCAGCCUGAUUCAUGCAAGGUUCCUUUGUGUAGGCAUUUCAAGGAGAAAAUGCAGCAGCAGACCAAGAAAGAUGAGGCUAAAUGGAAGCUGUUGGUGAGUAAAGUGAUAGCAUCAAAGGAUGCUCUAUGGCCAAUCUCUGGUCGGCGGUCAAGCUUAUUAUGAGCUUCUGUAUAACAAAGCAAAAUGUACAAUGAAUCUUACUUUGGUAAAAUAAAUGUAAUAAGAAUCCAAGGCUAUUGAGUUUGGCUCUUUCAUCAUAAAACUCUAAUUCAAUUCCUGUUGGAGUAUA